AUGGCUGAGGGUCAACCUCUGGAGCCGAACGUUCAGUUACUUGUCGAUCCUGUAGAGCCAGUCGUGAAUCCACCGGUCGUGAAUCCGCCAGUUGUGAAUCCACCGGAUGGCAACCAGAAUGUUAAUGUCGCUCAGCCUCAGGAACUGGAGGUAGUUCUCUUUUAGUUGUUAUGAAUUUUUCGUGGCAUAUUUCUCUUGUCUGUCAUAUCUUUCAGGUUCUUCACACAGCAUGGUGGAGAGAAUAACGGAGAGCUUUUUUUGGCCCGAUCGCGGCCUGUUAUCAAAAUCUUUUCGGAAGAUUGUCUGGCUAUUCCGCAUGGCUAGUUAACGAACUAGCGUUCGGCGUCUGCCUUGUGGCUGGAGGAACGCCGUGGAUUCGCUUAUUUUGUAUUUCUUUCGGCCUUUGUGGUCGUUGGAUGGUUACAAAACCGUACGAGCGAGGUGGCCGAUUUGUUCGGCGGUGGCUAGUUGACAGAUUAGCGGUCGGCGUUCUGGCUAGAGGAACGCCGUGGACUCGCUUAUUUUGUAUUUUCUUCGGCCUUUGUGGUCGUUGGAUGGUUACAAACCGUACAGGCGAGGUGGCCGAUUUGUUCGGCGGUGGUUGGUUGACGGACCAGCGUUGGGCGUUUAGCCUUUAGCUAGAGGAACGCUGUGGACUCGCUUAUUGUACAAGCGACGUGGCUGUUUUGUUCGGCGGUGACAUCUAGCUUUUGGCUAGAGAGACGCCGUGAAUUCGCUUAUUUGUAUUUCCUUCAGCCUUUUUGCGGUCGUGGGAUGGUUACGAAUGGUGACAGCGAGGUGUCAUUUGUGUUUUGUCUUUUCCUUCGGCUGAUGUGGCCUUUGGAUGUUUGUUAUGAGUUAUGAUAAUGGGUCAUCAUUAAUUGUUGAACGUUGCUAGGUCGUCUUACUUGUAUUUUCUCCUUUGGCUGUGCCUGCCGAAGGAUGUUUAUACAUGGUAACGCGAGAAGUUACGUGAUGUUUUUGUUUUUUUUCACGAGGUCUGUAAUGAGGUUUUUUAUGCAUAACACUAAGUGCUUCGCACAUUGAGGUGGGCGGUGCUUAAGAGUCUCUUUGUUCCUUUGCAGAGAUUGCGUGAGGAGGUGAGACAGUUAAAGCAGUCAGUGGAGGCAGUAACCAACGCGUCGCCUGAGAAGCUCGUGGAACAGAUCUUGGCUUAUGCUUCCCGCCCGUUGACAGAGUUUAACAAGUAUGAGGUGCUUGAGAUGUUGGAGACUCUGCAUAACAAGGCCGCUGACCGUAAUCACGACAGGAAGAACUACUAUUGGCUCGUUCAUCAGUCGGCGAGGGAAAAGGUGGAGUUGUCGAAGGACCACCUCAAGGACCUUGUUAUGCGCCUAUUAGGAGACAAGGACCACGAGAGGGUCCUGGAUAUCGUUUCUAAAGUAGAAAAGAAGUCAAAUCGCAAGAAGCCUCAAGCGAACGACAACAGGGGUGCUGGUGUGGCACGUCCGUCUCGUCUAUUUUCUUUGCGAUGUUAUUUUUGUCAUAGGCGAGGUCAAAUCAAAGCUGAUUGUCCUGAUUUGAAGUCCAAGCAGAGGAAAACGGAUCCCAAAUCAGACAAGUAGCUUGUGUUUAGAUCUCGUUAGUUCGCACUGGUGUUAUAGGUUGAAGGCCGCCUGGACAAGGCUGUGUGUUGUAAUAUUGCUUAAUUCUUUGCAAUAAUAAACAAACUUUUGUGUGUAUUGAAUCAAUCUAGUGCAUAUUUUACUCUGUCUAUUUUGUCAACAUAGUUAUAACGACUUUGAAAAAGGGGUAUCCUUGAGACAAGGGCCCUCCAGCCUCGCUGGUCUUAGCUGUUAUUUCUCUGCUGACUUUGACGGGGAUGAUUUUAAUAUGGUCUUAGAUUUUUCGGCGAUUCAGUGUUUAAAGGUGUCUUCACUACCCCCUUUUUCCUAGGGAAACGUGGUGUUGGGAAAAAUCUGACUCCUUUGAUCUUUGA